GUUGCCCAUAAGAACGCUCGCAUGGCUUUUGUAUUGCGCCAUAAACGUUUCGCUGCUCGUAACGCCACAACGCUCGACGUUCGCAGCGGCCUUCGCUUUCGCUUCUCUUCUCGCGCGUAAAGCGGUCUCCCUAAAAAAUACAAAUAAAAUACAACAAAAAAAUCAACUACAACAAAUACCCCCAUCCGCAGACAGACAAAACUCAAGUCUCCAACGACUCAAGCGUCGCUGUCGCAGCCGCUGCUCUGUCGACGUCGCUGCCUACGCGGGCAGCAAGAAUUACCAAUUACACGAAAUUUUUAUACUCUUUUAAAAAUUUCGUUUUAUUAUAAUAUUUAUUAUCGUGGCGCGCAGUAGUGUCUGCGGAACUCAGCUCUCCACUCUUAGCGAUUCUCGGCCCUCCGAUUCCGAUUCGGAUUGUACGAUUAUACGACUAUACGAUUCUGUUUCCGAUUCGCCGUGUUUAUUGUUCCGUUUCGGCCGCCGGCUUAUUGUCACUUAACUGUUAUAGAGCGCAUAAAACAUAUAUCUAUAUAGUGUGUGUGAAAAAUUCGAAAAACCGAAAAAAACUGUCAAAACACUCGGUUUAUAACUCUCUGUGUGCGGUGCAUAAAAAUUAAAAAGCCAUAAAGUUGACAUCGUAAAAGGUUCCGCAGUUCGACAGCUCCAAAGUUCGAUAGUUCUACCUGCAAAGUGUUUUAUGGCAUUUUAAACAAAGUAAUUAAAGCAAAGCGUAGGGAGAAAGCAUUUCUCCGGCCACACACACUCACUCACGCACACUUGAGAAGUCGUUAAAAGCCGCAGGGAAACUCACUCUGCCAUAAAAAUACAAGAGUGCCAUUAAAAAAGAUCGCGCGCCUAUAAAUCACACGUACGAAAUCCCGCCGGCACAACACGUCCAUUCGAAUUUCCGCGUAAUUGAUGGCCGCAUUUUAAUUGCUUUUACAACAAAUAAAAAAUACACACACCCAGCAAACACACAUAAACCCACACACACACUUGUGCCACAGCUGCAGAAACAACGCAACCCGAGACCAUAUGCAAAUUUAACAAAUUUCGUUGUGAAUUCGCCAGCUUCGAGCGAAAAAGAAGUAUUAGAAAAGCUGAAAAGGUGUACAAAUACAAACUGCUCACCAAAAGUUCGCUAGAGAAAACUCGAUAAAGCCAUUGAACAAACGACUCAGAUAUAUAACUCGAAACACUCGAAGAAAGCUCCGAAACGAAAAAAGAACACAAAGUGAACUGAACGAAAUUCCGAAGAUUCGAUCCUCGGCCAGAGAGCAAAAUAUGUGCAAUGUCAAAAUUUGUUUUCGAUAGUAUGCUGCCAAAGUAUCCACAGUUCCAGCCGUUUAUCAGUUCGCACCACCUAACCAACCCCCCGAAUUCGUCAUCUGCAGCAGUUGCCGCCGCCCUUGCAGCCGCCGCCGCCUCUGCCUCCGCCAGCGUCUCAGCCAACAGCAGCAACAUCAACAGCAUCAGCAACAUCAACAGCAGCAACAGCAACAACAACGCCAGCAGCAGCAGCAACACGAACAACAGCAACAACAACAGCGGCAGCAGUCCGAGCAGCAGCAGCAACCACAACAGCAAUCUCAACCUGAGCGGCGGAUCGCUUUCGCCGAGCCACUUGAGCCAGCACCUGGGCCAGUCGCCCCACUCGCCGGUGUCCUCGUCGUCGCCGUUCCAGCAGCACCACUCGCAGGUGCAGCAGCAGCACCUGAACCACCAGCAGCAGCAGCAGCAUCUGCACCACCAGCAACAGCAGCACCACCACCAGUACUCCUCGCUGUCCGCCGCCCUCCAGCUGCAGCAGCAGCAGCACCACAUCAGCAAGCUAGCCGCCGCCGCCGUCGCCUCCCACGGCCACGCCCACCAGCAACUGCUGCUAACGCCCCCCUCGGCGGGCAAUUCGCAAGCGGGCGACAGCAGCUGCUCGCCGUCGCCUUCGGCCUCCGGGAGCUCGUCGCUGCACCGCAGCCUCAACGACAACUCCCCCGGAUCCGCAUCCGCGUCCGCCUCCGUGUCCGCAUCCGCCGCCAGCUCCGUUGCCGCCGCUGCCGCAGCCGCCGCCGCCGCGGCCAGCUCCUCGUUUGCCAUCCCCACCAGCAAAAUGUACCCGUACGUCUCGAACCACCCGAGCAGCCACGGAGGACUCUCCGGAAUGGCCGGCUUCACCGGACUGGAGGACAAGUCCUGCGGCAGGUACACGGACACCGUGAUGAACAGCUACCAGUCGAUGAGCGUACCUGCUUCGGCAUCCGCGCAGUUCGCGCAGUUCUACCAACACGCCACCGCCGCCGCAUCGGCGGUAUCCGCUGCCAGUGCCGGAGCGAUCGGAGUCGACUCGCUCGGCAACGCCUGCACACAGCCCGCCUCCGGGGUGAUGCCGGGGGCAGGGGGAGCGGGCGGAGCCGGGAUCGCCGAUCUGCCGAGGUAUCCCUGGAUGACACUCACAGACUGGAUGGGAAGCCCCUUCGAGCGUGUCGUUUGCGGCGAUUUCAACGGCCCCAACGGUUGUCCCCGAAGACGCGGCCGCCAAACUUACACUCGCUUCCAGACGCUCGAGCUGGAGAAGGAGUUCCACUUCAACCACUACUUGACCAGGCGGAGGCGCAUCGAGAUCGCCCACGCCCUCUGCCUCACAGAGCGACAGAUAAAGAUCUGGUUCCAGAAUAGGCGCAUGAAGCUGAAGAAGGAGUUGCGUGCCGUCAAGGAAAUCAAUGAGCAGGCGCGACGCGAUCGCGAGGAGCAGGAGAAGAUGAAGGCCCAGGAGACGAUGAAAUCCGCCCAGCAGAACAAGCAAGUGCAGCAGCAACAGCAGCAGCAGCAGCAGCAACAGCAACAGCAGCAGCAACAGCACCAGCAGCAGCAGCAACAGCCGCAGGACCACCACUCGAUCAUCGCACACAAUCCGGGCCACCUGCACCACUCGGUGGUGGGUCAGAACGAUAUCAAGCUCGGCCUUGGCAUGGGCGUGGGCGUCGGAGUGGGCGGCAUUGGCUCCGGAAUCGGUGGCGGACUGGGCGGCAAUCUGGGCAUGAUGAGCGCUCUGGACAAGAGCAAUCACGACCUGCUGAAGGCGGUCAGCAAGGUCAACUCCUAAGCUGGCCAACUCCACAGCCGCCCAGCCGAGCCAACGAGCCAAUCUUCCACCAGCCGCACCACUAGCUCCACUAGCACCACCACCACCACCACCGCCAGGAUCAGCUAGCUCCGGCGACAAUUUUCAUCUCUUCGUCUGUGUGACGCGCGCGACAGAAAUCAGAAGAUAAACUCGAUAACUAAAAUACGUAAAGUUUUACAUAGUAAAUAGUUGCAUAAGUCUACAAAACUACAUAAACGCAAGUCAGUGGCUUCGGUGGCCCAGAGGCUCUUGGCUGGGUGGUUUCACCUGCUUUGGAUCAAAGCUUUCUGAGUGCAGUUGCCUAUUUGAUAGGCGAUUCCCUUCCAGAUCUCCAGUGAGAACUUGUGCACCCCGCACUUCUUCCAUGCUUCCCCUUCGAUUUUUACGCAGUCCAACCCCCAAAGUGGCAAUUCAACCCCCAGCCAAAAAGCCUCUGGGCCAACGGGCCCAACUUGGUAAUAUUAAUGGAUAACAUGGAUAACUCGAACUACUUAGAAUAGCGGUAAUUGCUUAAGGAAGGAGUUAGCAGGAGACGCGAUCUAUAUUAUAAUGAACAUUGACGAAUGAGCGAUUUUUGAUAGUCAGAUAGUCAGAGCUCCGUUGCCGUUAAUACCGAUUAAUUCCCAAUGGGAAUAGAAAUUCGGGUUAGUUGGACGGGCUCGAGUGUAAAAUUAUUUGCGACUGCUGUAGGAUAACCUAGUUCGGUAUUUAGAGCCACGUUCGACUAUGUUAAACGGUAUAUGAACACAUAAUAUAUGGAUAUAUGCUUACAGAUUAAAGAUACUUACCUAUUAGAGUUAUAGAGCGUACGUUUUGUAUCUACCUAUUUAUUGGAAAAUUCUGUUUAUGUUUUUCGAGAAAAAAGAAAGAAAGAAGCCUCUUCCAAUGUUUUGUUUAAGUGAUGUGUUUACUGUGUGUUUGCUGUAUUUCGUUGUAUGCCAACGCUUGAAUACAAUGAUUUCUUCAAUGCCAUAUUAAUCUUAAUUCGACUCAACGCGAUUCGCAAGCAGCGUUAGCAAGUAAACAAUUAAGCAGCAAGCAAUUGCGCAAAUAUUUCCAUGAAUACCAGUUGUAAGGACGAACGGUAUGCAACAUACCCAAAAGCAUAAUCACGAUUUCAAAUACGUAAUAAUAAUAAUACGAAACACGAAACUAAAUCGGAGUUAGGAGGAGCUGAGAAAUUAAAUGUCGUUUGCCAGUGACUAAAAUUUUAAAUUAACUACAGUUAAGCGAGGAGUGUACUACAAAUCUACAACAAAAAGAUAACUAACAGAAGGAAACUCUGAAAUACGUAUUAGCUUAAGGUUGCAACAACGGAAGAAUUAGAAAGAUAGGAGGCCAAGUAGGGAGCGAAUGGAGAGGACGAACGGCAGAACCCAUAUACGUAGAUUUCAAACUUCCCGAAAUUAAAUUUACCUAGCGUAGUCUCCCGCGGAUUGCGAGUCGCAAGUUGCGAGUUGCAAGUUGAACUAAGGUCAAAAUCUAUUUAUUAUACACAACAGCGCGUAUUUACAUAAACAAUUAUUGACAAAUAUAUAUGAAUAUAUAUUACAAAUAUAUACAACUAUGAACUUAUAUGUGUAUGUAUAAAUACCUAAAUGUAUGUGUAUCUAGUAUGGUUAACACUAAAGCAGUCGAGUCAGAGUUGAAGUCACGUUUUGCCCGAAAGCCACCAAACACCACCAAAAAUCAGCAUCCCCAGCCAGCGAAUAUCCUUUAUCCUCUGCGGGAGUAUGUCCUGUAGUCCUGUGUUUUCCGAGUCUCCCUAAUUCGAGUGAUAUCCUCGGUUGGCGACAGCCUUUGCCUUGUUUCAGGACCUGAUUGACCUGUUUCUGUUCCCGCUUCCGUUUCUGUUUUUGUUGCGUUUCAGUUUGGUUUAUGCCUAAGUUUAAGUUUAACGUUUAAUGUUUAGUCUCAUUCGGACGGCCUAGCAAAUUAGCUCGUAAAUUAAUAUUUUGUUUGACCCUUAUGCUAAACACUUCUGUUAAUUUUAGUUUAAGUUUAGUUGUGACGAAUUGUGUAUUAUAUAAUUUUAUGCGAUUUUAAAAUGAAUGCGAAAGAAAUUAA